AUGAGUAAGUCACCAUUGGUAUGUGUGUUCUCAUUAGUGUGCUUGUCUGUGGUGAUUAAAGUAUGUUAGAUUCUUAUACAUUUGCUUCUCAUUGUAGACUACUACAGACCAGAUGAGGCUGGUGGGAGGCGCUAUAGGAGGAUGGGCUCAUUGUAAUGACUGGAAUGGAAUCAAUGGAACGGAGUCAACCAUGUGGUUUCCAUAUAUUUGUGUUUGAUACCGUUCCAUGAAUUCCAUUCCAGCCACUACAAUGAGCCUGUUCUCCUAUAGCUCCUCCAACCAGCCUCCUCUGCUGCAGACUCAUCAUUAAAAAUGUUACCUGAUAGUGUGACAGUAUUACAUUUUUUCGUAUUUUUUUUCUCUAAUGCUCACUCUCUCUGUGUUUAUCUUUUUCUGUUUAUCUCUCUCUCUGCCCCCCCCCCAUCACUAUGACAACCAUCACUAUGACAACAGGCCCGUGGUCAGUGAUAAAUCUGUUAUAAGUCGUCAGUUGCUGAAAUAUAAUUUAGUUUUAUUUUGUGUUGUUUAACCAUGAUAGUCCCCUUAGUAACAAUUGUCACUGCCUCCAGGGAGUCCUUGUCCCCAGUCUCUAGUUCUAGGGAGUUGUUGGCCACUUGGGCUGAAACUUUGUUGCUUUGAGUGAUUGUUGCUCUCUGGUGCCCUCUAGGUGUGCCCGGUGUGUGUCUCUCUGCCACACGGUAACCCAAACCAAAUCAGCAGGAACUUCAUCAGACAUUUGAACCUAAGACACUGCUACUAUGCCGAGGACUACACGGUAGGCUACACACACACACACACACACACACACACACACACACACACACACACACACACACACACACAGACAGACAGACACACACACACACACACACACACACUUAAAUAUGUUUCUUUGGUCCACAGAAUAUCCACCAAACCGACACAUUGAACGUGCAAUAUGCCAUUAUUGAGUCUCUCCGGGAUGCCAACCGGAAUCCAAGAUGA